CCUCGGGUUCCGCAAAACCCGUUUGGGUGCCUGCAUCUGAAGACAAGGGACUCAUCCAUAUAAAAGACGCACUUGAGCUAAUCGAAUUAAACAGUUGCACUGCAAGCAGCCUCAUCACAGUAUCAUCAAGAAGCUCAACUCCCAACAAGAUGUACAAAUACCUCUUUUGCCUGGCUCUCAUCGGUUGCGCCUGCGGCGACAACAUCAACAAGGACGCCCAGAUCCGCAGCUUCCAGAACGACGCCACCGAUGCCGAGGGCAACUAUCACUUCGAGUUCCAGACCACCAAUGGCAUAACCACCAAGGGAGCUGGUAACGAAAACGGAGCCGUCGGAGUGGUGCAGUUUGUGUCCCUCGAGGGGAUUCCCGUGACCUUCUCCUAUGUGGCCGAUGCCAAUGGCUAUCAGCCCACUGGAGACCACAUUCCGGCCAUUCCGCUGCAUGUCAUCCGCCAACUGGAGUACAUCCGCUCCCAUCCGCCGGUGGAUGAGCGUCGGUCGAGGCGUUGGUAAAAGCCGCGGAUAUAAAACCAAUUAAAUAUUGACGCUUAAAUAGCCGUCGAUUGGCUG